AUGGGAAUAUUUAACGAACAAUCGUUUGAUCAUCCUUUUGCCCGAAGAAUUCAGGGUGCCCCAGGAGUUGGUUUUAGUCUUACCGCAGAUGGAAAUUAUGAUAUGAAUGGAAAAAAACUGACAAAUGUUGGUGCACCUAGUGCUAAUACUGAUGCGGCAACAAAAAAAUAUGUUGAUGAUAAUUCCAGUGGAUCACCCAAAACAUCACGACUAACAGUUGACUCAAACAUUGAUAUGAAUAAUCAUCGAAUUACAAAUCUUAUCACACCACUGGAUUCUAAAGAUCCAGCAACAAAAUAUUACGUAGACAACACAUUUCUUGACAGAGAUGGAUCUUACCCAAUGAAAGGAAAUCUUAAUAUGGACAAUAAUCAAAUAUUAAAUCUGCCAGCUCCAGCAGGCCCCAAACAACCAACACCAUUAGCUUUUACAGAUUUGAAAUAUCUUCAUGUUGGUGGAACAAAUAAAACGACUAAUAAUCUAAACAUGGAUAAUAAAGGUAUAAUAUAUUUAAAACCGCCAACAAAUAACACAGAUGCUGCAACCAAAAAAUAUGUGGAUGACUCAAUACCUGAUACUAGUUCUUUUAUAAAAAAGGACGGAAGUGUAUCAAUUACUAGUAACCUAAAUCUUGGAAACCAAAAAAUAGUUGGUCUUGCAACUCCAGUGUUAAAUACAGACGCCGCAACUAAAAAAUAUGUGGAUGACAACACAGCUGCCCCAGAUUUAAGUGAUUACUUGGAAAAAGAUGGUACCGUCACUGACUGGUAACCUUAAUCUUGGUGGUAAUAAAAUAGUUGGUCUCGCAACACCAGUGUCAAACACAGAUGCUGCAACCAAAAAAUAUGUUGAUGACCACGCUGGAGGAAGUAGCCCAGAUUUAAGUGGGUAUUUAAAAAAAGAUGGAAGUGUAUCAUUGACUGGAGAACUUAAUCUUGGUAGUAAUAAAAUAACAAAUAUUGGUAAACCACUACAAAACAGUGAUGCGGUAACCAAAGAUUACGUCGACAAACAAAUUCAAAAAACUGUAGUUCCACCAACUCAUUAUAAAGAUGAAUUAAGCUAUAUUAUGUCAAGUGCUUCUCAAUGGACUGAUGAAAUAGAUGGUGGAACGAGUUUUAUUAUAAGAAAAAUAGGAGACUUAUCUCCUUCUGAAGCUAAUUUUCAUGACUAUAAUCAUAAAGCAAUAUUUAUGACAUUAAAAAAAACCAAUCAUCAAUGGACCCCCGCUCCUAAUAGACGAUAUCUUCCUGGAGGGUAUAAGUACAAAAUGGGAAUUAACUUUUACAGGUUAAUAGGUAAUACGGAUUACACAUUAUGUAUGGAAAUACUAAACACAGAUCAAACUUUAUGGAAUAAAACUCAAAUAAGUGUUGAUAAAGGAAGUUCAACAGGAUUGACAAUAGGAAAUGUUGGUGUAAGUAAGCAUUAUCACAGUUACACAGACGCAAGUAAUCAUCAAAAAUUUAUGUAUUACCAUAAAAUAAUAGUUAAUUUUAAAAAGUUGUCAUCUGGUAAUAAGUUUUUUCUUCACAUUUUGGUUAAUAUUCCUCAAGUAGGAAGUGACCUCUCUAAGUAUCCAAAAUGUUUUACAGGUGUUUAUAUAAUUACUUAUGGUAUUAUGGGAACGUUUAGUAACAUUGAUCCAGAUAAAGUUUACGAUUAUCACACAGCAUUUGACAUCAAACCAACAGAAGUGGUUUAUAAUGUUGAUAUUAAUGCAAAUAACAAGAAGAUAUUAAACAUUGCUCUUGACAAAAACAAUAAUAAUAGUGCUGCAACAGUUGAAAUGGUAAAAGAAAUUUAUCCUUUUACUACAAACAAUGUUUAUAGACAAUAUUUUGAAGAAUUUUAUGACUUUGCUGAUGCGGAUAGUUACGGAAUAAAUAUAGGUUCAUCUGGAGUUAUUAUUAAUUCUUUAAAACCUAAUAUUACACUACCACCUAAUAAAGACCUAAGUGAUAUAAGAAAAGAUGGCUUAAAUGUUAAUGGUUACGAUGUUACUUUUUCUCCAUCGCAUUCUUCGAAAUAUAGUUUAUGUAUUGUUUUUUACCAUUGGCGAAACAGAAAUUUUAGCCUAACUAAAUAUAUAUCAACAAACAAUAAUGUACUAUUAAAAUUAAAUUAUGAUAAAAGAAACUUUAAAGUAACUUUAACUGUUAGUAAAACAACUCAAAAUUUUACCAUGCCAAGUAGUUUUAAUGGUCAAAAAAUUGUUUUAUGGUUGGGUGAAAAUUUUGAUGCAAAUGUUACAAAAGUUGAAAUAAGUAACUACAGCGCAACAUUAACUACACCAGCCGUUCACUACAAUGUUAAUCAACGUUGGAAGUUUACAACUGAAGAUGGAGAGUUAAUUAGAUUAAUGUAUUCUCCAAACUUUUACGACAAUGACUCUGUUCAAUUUCACAAAGUAAUGCUUCAAGAAAAGUUAAAUGGAUCUUAUAUAGUGUAGGGGGAUUGCAUCCCCCUAAGACCCCCUGCAAUAAGAAUAUAAUUAAAAGAUUAAAUGAAGGAUAUCUUUGAAUUUAAUCACAUAGACAGGACUCUGUCAGAAACAGAUAUUAAGACUCUAAAAGACUUUUACAGCCAUUAUCACAAGAAAUACUGGUGUUUUAAGCGGUCGUACAAGAGAUAUAAACUGCUUGAUGAAACACUUACACUUUCUGGAGGAGGAUUAGUGGUGAUAGGAACUAUCACUGGUGGAAUAACACUAAACCCAAUAAUACUCGGUGUGAUAAAUGGCGCUGGGGUGCUCGUUGCAAGUAUUUCAAAAAUGAGAAAUUACAAGAAGAAAAUAGAAAUGGCGCAAAUUGCAUUUACGACAUAUGAAAAAGUUCUCGUAGAAUUGAGAUCAGCUCUGAGAGGAUAUGAGUUUAAAAAGCAAGAUUUUAUCGAUCGAAUGAAGUUGAUAGAUGAAAUGAUAAUUGAUCAGACUCCUCUGGCAGAUAGAUUUGUUAAAAAGUAUAAUAAAAAGUUUCCCUCCCUUUAA